AGUAAACCCCAUAAAACUUUCGGCGAGAAAAUAAGGAAGCCCAAUAUUAAACCCUAAAAUGCCUAUCCCUUUUUAUUUGCUAAAGAAGCCCUAACUCCGUACUUCUUCUCUUGCAGUGGUAGGGAACGAAGUCGAACUGUUUCACACAGCAGCCAUGGUGAAGUAUUCAAGAGAACCGGACAACCCUACUAAAUCUUGCAAAGCUAGGGGUUCUGAUCUUCGUGUUCAUUUUAAGAAUACACGAGAAACUGCAUUCGCAAUCCGAAAGCUACCUUUGACAAAGGCAAAAAGGUACUUGGAGGAUGUUAUUGCCCAUAAGCAAGCAAUUCCAUUCCGCCGCUUCUGUGGAGGAGUUGGGCGAACCGCACAGGCUAAGAAUCGACAUUCUAAUGGACAAGGCCGCUGGCCCGUGAAAUCUGCAAAAUUCAUUCUCGAUUUGCUCAAGAAUGCCGAGAGCAAUGCUGAGGUAAAAGGUUUGGAUGUAGACUCACUUAUCAUAUCUCACAUCCAAGUGAACCAAGCACAGAAGCAAAGGCGCCGAACAUAUCGUGCACACGGAAGGAUUAACCCCUACAUGUCUUCACCGUGCCACAUUGAACUGAUCCUGUCUGAGAAAGAGGAACCUGUCAAAAAAGAGCCCGAGACUCAAUUGGCUCCAAGGAAAUCAAAGGGUGCUUCGUCUUAAAUUGCUGAGUAAUGGAUUGUAACUCUUGAAAAUUUUACAUUUUACUUUAGUUGCCUCUGUAAUGAGAACAUUUUUGGUUUCCUUAUGAAAUGCUUAAGACUCAAAGUUAGUCUAUGGAGAUUCUUGGUUUCUAUUUAAA